AUGGAGGGCAAGUCUUCAAAAGAAGCUGGGCAACCGGAAUAUUGCAAAAUAUCCCACGAGCAGCUCGUAACAUGUUCCGGUACAAUGUUCGAAUUGUUCACCUGGAAAAGUACCUCGCUGAUCCACAAGGGCGACAUCGAAGACGCUGUAGCAUAUCAUCACCAGGCUCCCGCCAAACAAAAGAAAUUCAUUCAUGAUAAUGUGGUUUAUAUUUCUGAGCUUCUGCAACUUUGCAGCUUCAUCGCUGAUAAACCAUACAUCGAGGAGCUGCGGGGAUUAUCGGAAGAGCGACAGUGGCGUGGACUUACCUCGUGGAUUUUGGUCGCCAAGGGGCGAGAGCUGGGUAUAGCUUUACCAAUAGAUCGUCGAAUUAGGGAAGAGUUAAAGUACUGGAAAGGGUUCCUAGAUUCCAUCAUAAAAUUUGCUAAGUGUGAAAAGCAAGCAUUGGAGAAGACAUUUGAGAAUCGAAGCUUAGCCUUGAGAAUCAAGGGAUGAGCAGCAGAACGUAAGGCACUGCUAGCAUCACGAGACAAGGCAGCACAAUAUUCAUAUCAGAUUGACUACAACCAUAAUAGUUGUACCUAUCUGGACAAAAACACCUGCAUUGUCCAAGCAUGACUCUUAAUUUCUGAGAUCUCACAUGUCGACUUCUUUGAAACCUUCAUGUAUUUAUAGAAGAAGUCAUAAAAAAACUAGACCCCAAUCGAGUACCAUUCUGU